AUGAGAGCGCAGAAAGAGUCAGCAGAGACGCUCACCAAUCUCACAGCGAUGAUGCUUUUAGGUUUCUUUCCUCUUCUUCUCUUUACAGAUGCAUUUGCUGAGAGGCUCCAGCAGAACCGAGAGCACAAAAACUUUGUUGAGAUCUUUGAGCAAAUUCGAGAAAAUGAAGUGCCAGCUCAGGAGGAAUGCAGUUUUCAAGCUGUCUUAAACUACCUGAACAUGACCAAAAACAAUGAGAAGUACACUUUGACCCGACCCGUGAAACACCACAGGCACUCAACAUGGAUCUUCCUGGAGAUGAAAGUUUAUGCAAUUCUUGAUGUGAGGGAGACUGAGCAGUCUUUCAUUUCAUAUAUUUGGAUUUAUUUGAGAUGGGACAAUGAACAUAUUUGGUGGGAUCCAGAGCAAUUCUGUGGGCUUGAUCACAUCUUAGUUCCCACUCAACUUUUGUGGAUUCCUGAUCUGACCAUUGAGGAGAUGACAGAGCAGGACAAAGCCUCUCCAAGUCCUUAUCUCAACAUAAGAAGUCACGGCUGGGUCGAAUUUAGAAAUGACCAGGUGGUGAUCAGCUUCUGCAAGAUGAAGGUUUACAGAUUCCCUUUUGACAUUCAGAGCUGCAACAUUUCCUUCAUGUCUAUCAUGCACCCCAGUGAAGAAAUAACAUUAUUCUACAACAGCAAUGACACAGAGAUCACAAAGUGGUCUCGUGAAGCCAUGCAAACGCAGUUAGAGUGGCUGUUUGUCAGCAUGACGGUCACAAACGAAACCGUCAACCAAUUUGGCUUCAACCAAACAAUGAUUAUCUACACUAUAAACAUGAAGAGGAGGGCUGUCCUCUAUAUUGCAAACUUCUUGCUGCCUGUUUUCUUUUUCUUGUGCCUGGACUUCGGCUCCUUCCUGAUGUCAGACACCGGUGGAGAAAAAGUUGGCUUUAAGAUCACAUUGCUGCUUUCAGUCACAGUGAUGCAGCUCAUCCUCAACGACAUCCUGCCCUGUUCAUCAGACCGGAUUCCCCUCACAGUGGCGUACUGCAUUGGAAUUUUCUUUCUUAUAUUGGUAAGUCUCUUGGAGACAAUUUUGGUGAUUCAUCUGAUUGGUAAAGAUGAACAGGAGGAAGAGAAGCAAAGAGAGAAUGAUAGUCAGGAGGAGAAAGGCUGUUUCACAGUGGUAAAGAAACAGAGCCGCUUACCAUCGCUUGAAAACAUGUCAGCUCCGAACAAAGAGGGCAGCACAAGCAGAAAUGCAGAUGUGUUCCACGCAAUAGAGAAGAUUUCAGAUGAGCUUGGAGAAAGCAGGAAAAAAAUAACUCUCCUCUGCAGCAGAAGUCAAGAUAAGAAACCAGGCUACUGGACAGGAGUGGCUCAAAAAAUCAACAAGACAUAA